AUAUUUAUUUUGAGUGUUUUAAGUGUCGGAGUCCACGGUGGUCCUUGUAAAUAAUGAGUAAUUAUGAAUGAAUACAGUUAAAGAAGGUACUACUUUGUUUAUCUUAAUGCGCCGCGUAUUUUACCAAAAUUAUCUUUGUCCCAGAUACGAUCUAAUCAUCCUACAUAACACCCGGGUCUGUCUUUUUUUGGAGGGGGGCGUCGGUAGCUCCUGGAAGUGACUUUUUUUUUUUUUUUUGCAGUUGUGAUGCGCGUAGUUUGAAAGGACGCUGUCAGUGAACUGAGUCCCGGGUCCCGGCAGCAGCGGGAAACCUAAUUCACUCCGCCAGAGUGGACCCACUGAGUGACGGUCCCUACAGGAGGAAGUGUACACACACACACACACACACACACUCUCUCUCUCUCUCUCUGUCUCUCUUUCUCACACACACACGUGUGACAAUGCGUCCGUUCGAGCCGCUGCUGCUGCUGUUUUCGCUCCGUCGACUUUAACGUGACAUUAGAGCCGAGAGCCGCCGCUUCGUACGGACUAUUCGCCGUAAACUUCAGGAUUAUAAUCCCUAAGACUAAACCGAACCGAACCGAAGUGGAAUAUAAAGACUGUGGGCAGGAGAACAACUAUGGGCACACAGGGAACAGGACGGAAAAGGUCUACCAAGAAGGAGAGGUCUACGGCGGAGGACGAUGCCCUGAAUCUGAUAGCAAGAGAGGCCGAGGCCAGACUGGCAGCAAAGAGAGCAGCCCGGGCGGAGGCCAGAGAGAUCCGCAUGAAGGAGCUGGAGCGGCAGCAGAAGGAGAUCUUUCAGGUCCAGAAGAAGUAUUACGGCCUGAACACCAAGUUAGACGACGGUGUUGACAACAAGUGGGGGGACAUUGAACAGUGGAUGGAGGACAGUGAGAGAUACUCACGUUCUUCAAAGCUGUCAGACGAGGAUGAGUGGAUGUCAGUGACAGGUCGGGAAAGUGCCCGGUCUGAUCUUGGUGCUGUGGGGGCCUCUGGUGGAGGGGAUUCCUAUCAGAGAAAUUCAAAGAAAAAGAAGAAACAGGAAGUCAGAGACAAAGACAGGUUCAGCUACGAUGACAACUACAGCGUCUUGUCCAGCAGGAGCUCCAGACUCAGUGAUGACAGUCGACUGUGUCGUUCCUCCAGAUCAGACCUGCAGCCGACCUCCUUCGCCUCCUCUGACUUGUAUAGCCUUAAUGGUUUGUCCACCUCCAGGAACCAUGGUCCAACUUUUAAUGGUUGCCAGAACUCCUUAUAUGAAGAGAGUCUGUCCAGUGGGCCACGCCGGGUCACGACCCCCAGCUGUCAAGUGGAAGACCAGGACUACCAGGAGAAGGCCAGCUCCAGAGCAGCUUCCUCCCUAACCACAGCCACCCUCACCUCUUUAGGCGGCACGUUGUCGAGGAGAGGAAGUGGAGACACCACCUUGACCGUAGAUGCUGAGACGUCCUUACGAGAAAUCAAGGAGAUUCAUGAACUAAAGGAUCAGAUCCAGGAUGUGGAAACCAAGUACCUGCAAAACCUAAAAGAAGUGAAGGACAGACUGUCAGAGGUGGAGGAGAAGUACCGUAAAGCCAUGGUGUCCAACGCCCAGCUGGACAAUGAGAAGAACCAGCUGAUGUACCAGGUGGACACGCUGAAGGACUCCCUGAUGGAGAUGGAGGAGCUGCUGUCGGAGUCACGCAGAGAACACGAGGAUAAAGUCAAGGAGUGUGAGAGAGAGAGACACGCCCACAGUGUCCUGCAGUUUCAGUUCAGUGAAAUGAAAGAGUCCCUGAAACACAGUGAGGAGAUGCUGACUGAGGUCCACCAGCUGCAGGUGAAACAGGACGGUUUGUUCAGGGAGAUCUCCGACCUGCAGGAGACGGUGGAGUGGAAGAAUAAGAAAAUCAGCGCCUUAGAGCGACAGAAAGAAUACACAGACGCAAUCCGAACUGAGCGCGAUGAGCUCAGAGAGGAGACGGUGAAACUGAAAGACAUUCUUAAGAAACAUGGAAUAGUGUUGGGGCCGGACCUGAACGUCAACGGUGAACCACAGGUUGAGGGCUCACCUGUGGGAGACGGUGUCCAUCCAGCGGCUGAUGAGUCACAGACCCCCCCCACAGAAGGGAACAACAUGCUGGGCCAAUCACAGGAGACUCUGACGAGUUGUGGAGAUGAGGAGGUGAAACCAGAAGUGUCCGCUUCAGAACCAUCGGUCAAAGAGGAACCAUCAGAAGAACGUCGUGACUUUGGAUCUGAGUCCACAGACAAAGACGGCAUCAGAGAAAAUGGCUUUGACCUGAAUGUGGAGGAUGAUGAAAGUUUAAAGAGCAAAGAUACAGAUGUUAGUGAACCUGGACCUGAAGGAACUGCAGUUAAAGCUGCAGAGAAGGUUCUGGAAAAAGAACCCGCAGAGGACGGAACGUCAGAGAGGAGGAAUGUAGAAAAUAAAACCAGUGAAGUCGAUUUAAUCAUUGAUGAUUCUAAUGAGCAGGAAACUUUAGAGGAGUCACAUCUGGAGCUGAGGUCAGAGGUCAGCCGGACACCGAAGGUCAUCGUCACUGCCCCCUCACAGGAUCUGGAGAACUCUGAGGUGGAGGAGGUGGAGAGCAAACCACAGAACAGUAAUUCUGCAGCGAAGAAGAAGAAAAGAAAAAGAAAAGGCAAAAAGAAACAGAAACAGGAAGCAGAGAAAGACGUGAGCAAAAACAUCCAAACUGUGAAGUCGACGCGGGAAGAACGUGGGUCUGAAGGACCCGAAACCGAGUGUGUUGAUGAUUACAAAGAACCUCAGGUGGAGGAAGUUCAGGAUGAGCAGAGGAACCAACCACGUCAUGAGGGAGGUGCAGCGGAGGAAAUGGAACCCCCUCAGAUCUGUAGUCCCGACCCGCCCCUCACUGUGAGCCAUGACACUGAGGCACAGAGUGAAACUCUUAAAGAGUCAGGAACCGCCAAACCUUCAGAACCGAACCAAGAUCUGUCCGAUCACGGAGACUCCUCCACUGUUUUGGAGAGAGACCGUGACUCCAUCACCGAUACUCACGGGGUCGAGAACACAGUGUUGACAUCUAACACUGACUCAGGAGUCCCCGUUUAUACAGAACCCAGUCCUGUGGAGAACCCUGACUCCACAGGUGAGGCAGCAGAACCCAGUCCUGUGGAGAACCCUGACUCCACAGGUGAGGCACCAGAACCCAGUCCUGUGGAGAACCCUGACUCCACAGGUGAGGCAGCAGAACCCAGUCUUGAGGAGAACCCUGAAGCCGGAUCACAUGUGUUGGAAACCAGUGCGGCUGCUGACGACCAAUCAGAUCUCCCGCAGAUUUCUGAGAGCCAGGACAUGACAUCAUUGAAUGACGAUGACAUCACUGACAGUUUGAGGACUUUGUCUCCCUCCGAGUCACCGUCAGGUCCAGGUACUUGGAUUAAAGACUCAGAUGAGACGACGGAGAUCGAGUCUGUAGGAGGUUUGGAUUCAGGUGCUGGAGAUGUUCAGAUGUUAGAAGGUGUUGAGCUAACUGCUGAAUCAGUGACUGCUCCUGAAGUAUCUUUGGAAACGGAGAAGGUCAAGAGCACCGAUGAGGUCAGGAGUACCGAUGAGGUCAGGAGUACCGAUGAGGUCAGGAGUACUGAUGCGGUCAGUAGUACCAAUGAGGUUGAGAGCACUGAUGAGGUCAGAAGUACCGAUGAAGCCAAGAGUACCGACAAAGUUGGGAACACCGAUGAGGUUGAGAGUACAGAUGAGGUCAGGAGUACCAAUGAAGUCAGGAGUACCGAUGAAGCCGAGAGUACCAAUGAGGUUCAGAGCACUGUUGAGGUCAGGAGUACUGAUGUUGGGAACACUGAUGAGGUCAGGAGUACUAAUGAGGUUGAGAGCACCAGUGAGGUCAGUAGUACUGAUGUCAGGGACACUGAUGAGGUCAGGAGUACCGAUGUGUUGCAUCAUAAAGAUUCUUUGACGGAACCUACGGAGGUUUGUUCUUCCUUAGAGCAGCAGCACGUCACAGGGCUCUUGUCUGCUGUUGGAGAUCCUGAAGAUACUGGUCCACAUGUUCAGGAACACGGUUCAGAUUUUAGCUCAGAUCCAGAGCCACUGCAGGAACCCAGCAGAAACAGAGAUGACGAGGAACCAUCUGAACCCACUCAGGGGGUCAGUGAUGAAGAGAACGGUGAAGAUGAGGAAGGGCAGUCCUUCGACUUUGAUGACAUGAUGGACGAGGAAGCACUGGAAAAAAAAUUCUCUGAAAAUGCAGCGCAGGAGAUUUUAGAGGAGGAGGUGGAGACAGAUGAGAAAAUCAGUGAAACUGAGACCCCUGGAGGACAGGAGGAGACUGAUGGGUGUGCAGAAGAACAAAGUCCAAACAGAGAGUCGGACGAGUCAACUGACGACCGUCAAGAUCCUCUAACAGAUGAAAUGUUAAAGUCAGAGGAGGAGGGGAAGGUCAGAGAGACAACACCUUCACAGGUACAGACGGAAGGAGCUGUCAGUGACCAGGAGUUCCAGGAUGACCGGGAGUUCCAGGAUGACCGGGACAUGGUUCUACCAAAGAGAGAAAAUCAAGUGUCCAGCACCAAAGAACUGCCCCAAUCAGGAAAAGAUGGGAAGAAGAACACGAAGAAAGGCAAAGGCAAAGAGGACUGUAAGAUGUCUUAGUCGUCAUCUUCUCAGAAAUCCAGAUUUUUGUUGCAGUUGUACUAGUUAAAAAUGUUUAAAGAUUAAGUCUAUGACCGGCUGAAACUUAAUACUGUCGUUUGAAUAUUGAUGUAGUAGACUAUUAUUUUGAAAGGACUAGUCACAGCUGUUUGUGAUUGGAUGAGAAUCUGGUCUAUUUAUUUUGUUUCUCUGUCACCUGGUACCAAAUGCACUGAGAGACAAAAUCCCAGGAUCAAAAAAGGACAGUAAAUGAUUGAUGUUAAAGGGCAACAAACGGAGACUGCGUCGGUGAACCGACGACGUUGUUGUCAGUCUGUGACCAGGUGAAUGUUGGAGUCAGUCGUUUUGGACUGACAGAAUCUUUGCACAUGUAAAUGAAAAUACCAUCGAACUAAAGAAAGGAAAAGGAGAAAAGUGUCAGUGUGAGACGGGGAACAGUACCAGAGUCCAAAGCCGUGCUUCUUUCUGCUCUUUAGUGAAAACCUGUUUCUACAGAAUAUAAAUGUACUGAACAAAGGGGACCAAUAAAAACCAUUCGUCCGUUCAAUGGUC